UGUUGCAUUAGCGAAAAGGUGACUACGAGUCUUCCGUCCGCUGUAAGCGCUUCCAUCCCUUCAUGUGACACUCCAGCAGAACCCCGGUCAACAAUUCAACAUGUCGCGACUUGAAGGUCCACGCAGUGUGCGCCGUCCGUAGUCAUGGUUGGAACGCGAGCCGAGGAUGUAGAGUGACCCAAAUGCUUUCGAAGGGCAUAACAGGCUGUCUAGAUGAUGAGGAAAACGAAAGCGACUAAGGCAACGACAUGCUGAGACUCAGACAUAUGGAAGGUCGAGCGGUUGUCGAGCGGACCGAAAAUGUUGACAGAGAUCGUGAGGGUGCGUGCUGCGUGCGCGAAGUCACAUUCAGCACGUCUCUGCCGCGCGCACAUCUCACGACGAACGCCGGGCUGCAUGAUAUUGAGGCUCUCAAUAGCUGCGGGAGUCGUUCAAGAUCGUCAAGGGGCUCUCCUAUGAGGACGAGGUCGCUCAUCCAGAAGCUGCGAUUCGAUUGGCGUCGUUUGACGCGGCGAGGACCCUGAUGAGGCUGCACUCCGGGACAAGCGUCUGCACGCCGUUUUCAUAAGCAAAAUAGACCCAAGCAACCGCAAACAGGAGGUACAUCGACAUGGCGGGACACCCUUCUCGGUCAACACUUCUUAAGUGCUCUUGCUCCUUCAUGUCCUU